UUUUUGUUAUUAUUGAUUUUUUUUUUCCGCGCAGCCGAUUUCUUUUCGUCUCUCUCGCUCUCGCCUUCUCGGCGCAGCGCAGUACUACGAGCUAGCAGCACCAGGCUCUGAACCCCCUCCGGUCCGGUGCGCGGCAGAUUAGACUCCGAUGGGGAAGUCUCCGGCGAAGUGGAUCAAGUCCGUGCUCUUCGGGAAGAAGUCGUCGUCCAGGUCCGGCUCCACCAAGGCCAAAGAUUUAUCGAAAGGUGCGAGUAACAAAGGAGCUGCUGCUGCGGGGAAGGAGCCCGUGUUCUCUGAGAGCUCCCCAGUGAUCUCGGAGCCUGUGCUUGUUAGCGCCCACAACAAUGAGACCGUGCGGGAGGUGGCGAAGGGUGAGAAUUCCAGCGUGCAAGAAGUGCCAGUGACCGAUGUCAGUCAAGACUUGGAGAAGCAGGGCAGUGUGGGGUCUGAUACGUCCAAUGAUGCUGAGAGGGUGAAGGAAGAGCGAGCGGCCGUGAAGGCACAAGCUGCCUUCCGUGGUUAUCUGGCACGCCGAGCAUUCCGUGCCCUGAAAGGGAUCAUAAGACUACAGGCAUUGAUUCGGGGUCAUCUUGUAAGGAGGCAAGCUGUUUCAACUCUUCGUGCAACAUGGUUGAUUGUGAAGUUUCAAGCCCUGGUCCGUGGGAGGAAUCUUAGACUUUCUGAAGCUUCCAUUCAAGCAACCAUGGAACUUUCCCAACAGAACCUUGCGGGUGCUAAACCUGGUUCCUGGAAGGAGAAGUUGUCGUCAAAUGCAUUUGCUCGCAAGCUUCUAUCUUCAUCAAUUGUGGUUGAGGCUCUUCACUUCCAGUAUGAUGAGAUGGACCCUAAUUCAGCCUUCAAUUGGUUAGAGAGGUGGACGAUAAGUCAUGUCUGGAAGCCCGCUUCCCAACCAAGGAGAGUUAGUGCUGAUGCUAAGCCACAUACAAGGAAGGCCAGCUAUGCAAUGGAAACAGAGUCAGUGAAAUUAAAGCGUAAUGCACGGAGGAGCUCUGCAGGGCCAUUUGAACCUUCUCAAACAAACACUGCCAUUGAAAUUGAGAAGACAAGACGGAAUCCAAGGAAAUUAAGUAGCACUCCUGCUGAGUCAGUUCCUGAUGGCCAGUUAACAGAACUUGAGAAGGUUAAACGUAGCCUUAGGAAGGUUACUAAUUCCGUGGCUGAAACCUCGAAGGCAUCUAGUCCAAAAACUGAGAUUCCUAACCAUCAAGAGGUCCAAUGUGAGAGACCACUAAGAAGAGCAAAACAAGUUCCAAUUCAUCUUGAGAAUCAAGAGCCUGAUAAUGUUAAUCUGUCGGACAAUGCAAAGAUGGAUAUUCUGGUACCUGAUAUCCAGCCUGAUGUGGAAGUUGCUUCAGAUCCAGUCACCAUCACUAAUGAAGAAAAUGUUGAUGAACCACCAUCUGUUGUUGCUCCAGUGGCCGAAAUUAUGCCUCUGCAAGACAUCAACAACGAUGAAAAUGCUUUGGUGAAUGAUGUGGAAGAGAGAUCCAAAGAAGAACAUCCUUCUACUGAGAGCCUGAAAGGCAGCAAGAGGAGGUCUUCAUUCUCAGCUAAGCCUGAAUAUCCAGAAAAUGGCUCCAAAAAUUCUCCAGCUCUGCCAAGCUACAUGGCUGCUACACAAUCAGCAAAGGCGAAACUGCGGGGAAAUAGCUCACCAAAACUUAGCUCUGAUUCAGCAGAGAAAAACGGCUUCACUCGUCGUCACUCCCUUCCAUCCUCUAACAACGGUAAGAUGGUUUCACAUUCUCCACGUACACAAAGGCCAGCUAAUGCUGGUGGCAAGGAUGGAGCGAAAGGUGACAAGGCUAUGCUGUCAUCAAGAGAUGCAAGCGAGAGACCACUGAAAGCUGAGUGGAGACGUUGAGGCGGCGAAUCAAAUCCAAAUCCUUCAUUUGAUUAGCGCGACCGUUUGGGUGGAUGGAUCGCCCUUGCAGUUUGCUCGGAUUUGUUUUGUUUGUGAUGUAAAAAAAUGAUGUCCUUAUCGUCGGCGAGAUGAAUGAACCGGCUUUGUUGUGAUGAAUCCGCUGGGAGUCAACUUAUUUAUUAUAGGGUUUUCCGUCAUGCCUUUUGUGAUGUAUAGCUGAAGUAUUUUCCCGGUUUGUUUUGGUUUCCAGACCCCCCAGACUUCCUCCCUUCUCCUUGUUGAGAGCUGCUGAUGUUAGAGAGAAUGAGAACAUGCAUGGAUUGAAUUGAACAAUCUUACCCAUUUGGUGAAAUGUGGGCUGCGUUUUGACU